AUGUUGGCAAUCGUCACGCGUCAUUCGAUUUUCCUUCCUUCAUCACAAUUGCUCACGCGUGAACAGCGAGAUUUUGUUUGGAAAUUCCGUUAUUACCUCAGCGAAGAUCCGAGAGCUCUCAACAAAUACCUAAGAUCUGUCAACUGGGAUCAACCACAAGAAGAACAAUCCGCACUAGCUCUCAUCCAUGAUUGGGCUGUGAUUUCCGCGGAAGACGCCCUAGAGCUCCUUUCUCCCGCCUUCACCCAUCCGGCGGUUCGCGCUUAUGCUGUCGAUCGACUUGUGAAGAGCGCGAGUCCUGAUCAGGUGCUCUUGUACCUACCGCAGCUCGUCCAAGCUCUGAAGUAUGAGCCAUCAGUUCCCUAUGAUGCAUCCUUUGUUGGCGCGCAGGAUUCCGAUGUGGUUGUUUCAACAUCGGAUGUUGGUGGAACCAAGGAUAUCUUAAUCGUUGGAUCUCCACGAUCCCAUGGCGAUCUUGCCACGUUUCUAAUUGACUAUGCCACGACGUCAGCGAAAAUCUCGAAUUUUCUUUAUUGGUAUUUGAAAGUUGAAAUUGAAUCGACGAAAAAUACGGACGAGGCGGUUUCGCGAAUGUACAAUUCGAUAAUGGAGCGACUGUUUGAGGCGCUUGUGAAGCGGCCCGAGACCAGACAAAUUGCCGAUUCUUUAAAGGCGCAAACGCUUUUCGUCGAGGAUUUGAAGGUGCUCACGGCUGAGGCGAAAUCGAGAGGUGGACGCUUAGAGCAUAGGGAACAAGCGCUACGAACACUUUUGUCAAAAGCCAAGCAUAUGAUUGAUUUGAAGGGUGUCGCUUUGCCGUUGGACCCUAAUAUAAGACUUGCCGGUGUGAUACCAGACACUGCACAAAUGUUCAAUUCGCAGCUCACUCCGGUGAAGUUGUCGUUUAAAGUGGUCCCAUCGGGUCAUUCGGACAGAAAAGAUAAUAAUUAUUCAGAAGAAUAUACGUGCAUUUUCAAGCAAGGUGAUGAUUUGAGACAAGAUCAACUUGUGAUUCAAAUGAUUCGGCUCAUGGAUACACUAUUUAAGAAGGAUCAGCUCGAUUUGAAAUUGACGCCAUAUUCGGUUCUCGCAACUGGUGUCGACGAAGGAUUCGUGCAAUUCGUGAAAGCGCGGCCGCUCCGCGUGAUCGCCAACCAACACGAGAGCAUCAUCGAGGCGAUGAAAAAUCUGCGACCCGACACGCAUGGUCCGUUCGGAAUCGAGGCGAAUGUCAUCGAUAACUACGCGCGAUCAUUGGCUGGAUACUCGAUCAUCAGCUAUGUUCUCGGAAUCGGCGAUCGACAUCUCGACAAUCUUCUGCUUUGCGAGAACGGAAAAUUGUUCCACGUCGACUUUGGAUUCAUUCUUGGACGCGAUCCGAAACCGAUGCCGCCGCCGAUGAAGCUCACCAAUGAGAUGGUGAAUGCGAUGGGCGGUGUCAAGAGCAAACAGUUCACCGAGUUUUGCACCUACUGCGAUUCGGCCUAUCGAAUCCUCAGGCGGCAUUCCAAUGUGCUUCUCAAUUUAUUCUCGUUGAUGCUUGACGCCGGAAUUCCCGAUAUUGCUGCGGAGCCCGACAAGGCGGUCUUCAAGCUCGAGCAACGCCUUCGCCUAGAUUUGUCGGAUGAAGCGGCGUCCAAGCACAUACUCAGCCAGAUCGAAGUGAGCAUGAACGCGAAGAUGGCACUCCUUUCGGACAUGAUUCAUGGCUUCCGACUCAAUUAUUUAUAA